GUCGCUUCAGAGCGAUGUUGAUUGGUUACUGCCGUAUCGUGCACACAUUCAGAUAGGUGAUGAGUCUACACAGAACUCUAACAAAGACCUGGUGGACGAGGCUAAAGGCAAUAAGAAAAAUCAGCUUGAAUCAAUUCACGAAUUGGAGCAUUAUGGAUUCUAAUAGAUACUAUAGGAAUCAGUUUGACGACUAUGCCAGUUCAGCCCAUCUUAAUAUAGUCGUGAAUGACAGCAGUAUGAUCCAUGAUGCAUUUAAAUCAGUAUUAACCGCAGAAACUAAAAGACUGAUGGAGAUAUUGGAAGAAAAUGAAAGGAUGUGGCUUAGCAGAGAUGAUUAUUCUAUAUAUACCGGAUCAGCAGGAAUUGCAUAUACAUUUUAUCAUUAUGGAAAAUAUUUCAAUGAUGUAGCAUACAUCAAAAAAGCUACAGAAUUAUUAGAAAGAUGCGUUACAAAAUUUAAAAGCAGACAUGAAAUCACAUUUCUGACUGGAGUUGUAGGACCCUUGGCAUUAACAGCAGUAAUAUUACAUUCACAACAUAAAGAAGAGGAAGCUAAGCAAUUGAUCCUUAAGCUGAAAUCCUUAGCCACUUAUGUUAUAGAAAAGCAUGAUGCUAGCAGUAGUGAUUUACCAGAUGAGUUGCUAUAUGGAAGAGCUGGAUAUCUAAGUGGUUUGCUCCUUGUAAAUGCAAAUGUAUCACCACCUCCUAUAGAACCUGACAUCAUCAAGCAGGUUGCUACUUCCAUAAUUAAUUCUGGGAGAUAUUAUGCUACCUCAAAUCAUUGUCAGUCACCUUUGAUGUACUCUUGGCAUCAAACAGAAUAUCUUGGUGCUGCUCAUGGAUUGGCAGGCAUCCUCUACUUACUAUUACAGGCACGACAGUACUUGACACAGGCACAAAUUAAUAGUUACGUAAAACCAUCACUCUAUUACCUUCAACGAUUACAAUUUCCUUCUGGGAACUUUCCCUCUUCCAUGGAGAGUCAUUCUGACAAGUUGGUGCAUUGGUGUCAUGGAGCACCUGGAAUGUCAUCAUUGUUUUGUUUAGCCCAUAAGAUAUUUGAGGAUAAUAGCUUCCUUGAUACUGCAGUACGUUGUGCAGAGGUAAUAUGGCAAAGAGGAUUGCUAACCAAAGGUUACAGCAUCUGUCAUGGUGUUUCUGGAAAUGCUUAUGCCUUUCUUCAUCUGUUCCAACAUACACAGGACAUCAAGUAUUUAUAUCGAGCCUGUAGAUUUGCUGAAUGGUGUUUCCAUUAUGGAACGCAUCAGUGUCGAGCUCCUGACAGACCUUUCUCUUUAUUUGAAGGUUUAGCUGGUGUUAUUUACUUCUUAGUAGAUAUGCAGCAACCGCAUAUGGCUAAGUUUCCAUCAUACGAUAUCUGCCCCUAAGAUUAUAUUUGAAGUAUAUGUACAAGAAUACUUGAGAAAAGUCUUUAAAAGGGCUGAUUAAAUUGAAUUAUGUCAUA